GAACCGACUCUGGUAUUUCGUUGCGCACCGCUUCCCGCCACUCUGCCCACCUCGCACUCGCUUUGCCGUGCCCCAAACCCGCCCCUCGAGCGCGUCCGCGUCCGCGUCCCCUCGCUCCUCGACGGCAGCCCAUCGCAGCUCGCGCAAAGCUCCACAACAAGACAUCACCGCAUCUCGACGUGCGCAACAAGCCACACAUAGACGCACACGAUGGCGCUUUUUGGUCAAGCCGCAGCGCCCGCGGCGGCAAGCUCCACCACGGGCGACACAAGCAAAGAUGUCGAGGUUCCAGCCGGCCAAGUGCCCAGCGACAGCAUAUCCGACAUCCAGUUCUCGCCAACCAACGACUUUCUCGCCGUGGGCAGCUGGGACAAGAAGGUCUACAUUUACGAAGUCAACAACAACGGGGCAAUGGGCAAGUGGAUGUUUGAGUGCCAGGGCCAUGUUCUUGGUGUGGGCUGGUCAAAGGAUGGCACACGCAUAGCAGCCGGCGACUCAACAGGCAUGCUCAACAUUGUCGACUUUCGCACAGCCCCAGCCAGCGGCACUGUGCCCGCCCAGCAAGCCAAAGCCCACGAGAAUGCCAUCAAGUGCGUACGCUGGUUCCAGACUGGCGGUAAAGACUAUGUUGCGACGGGCUCGUGGGACAAGACGGUCAAGUUCUGGGACUUGCAGGGCGCCGAGCCCGUCGGAACCCUGCAAUGUCAAGAGCGCGUCUAUAGCAUGGACGUCAAGGACCAAUUGCUUGUCAUUGCGACAGCAGAGCGCCACAUCCACAUGGUGAACUUGACCAACCCAACCACCAUCUACAAGACCAUUACCAGUCCGCUCAAGUGGCAGACAAGAGUUGUCAGCUGCUUUACCGAUGCCACUGGUUUCGCCGUUGGCUCCAUUGAAGGCCGAUGCGCCAUCCAGUACGUCGAGGAAAAGGACACCAGCCUCAACUUCUCCUUCAAAUGCCACCGCCACCCCGACCCCAACAACCGCGAAACCGCCAAGGUCUUUUCGGUAAACGCCAUAUCCUUCCACCCACAACACGGCACCUUUUCCACGGCCGGUUCCGACGGCACUUUCCACUUUUGGGACAAGGACGCCAAGCACCGUCUCAAGGGCUACCCGGAAGUGGGCGGCAGCAUCGUAGCCACGAGCUUCAGUAAAGACGGAAACAUUUUCGCAUAUGCAGUCAGUUAUGACUGGAGCAAAGGCUACGGAGGAAACAACCAGCAGUACCCUAUCAAGAUCAAGCUUCAUCCCAUUCUAGGUGAUGAAUGUAAACCGCGUCCAGGAAGCAAGAAGAGAUAAUUCCUAGAUAUUUUAGGGGUCUACUUGCUUUCUUCUUCCUUUCUCUCUAACUCUCUAACUCUCGAUCUCUCUGUCUCUCUCUCUCUCUCUCUCUCUUUCUAUUUCUUUUCCAAGAGGUCCCGUGAUUCUAGUGCUGACACUUGUAUUUUCCCUGGAGAAUGCGC